GGCGGCUGCUUACUGCGACUCGUCCCCACCUCCAGAUCCCGCCCAGUUCUCCUCGGCGCGAGAGGCGGCGCGCGACGGGCGAGGAAGCAACGCCCCCUCCGUUCCCUUUUUGCGGCUUAUAGGUCUGGAGCAAGCCCCGCCCAUCUCCCCUCAGCUGCACCGCCCCAUUUUCCUCGCCGGCCGUUGGGCUCGCGCUCUGUCUUCGCUCUCUCCCUCUCUCUCAGCGUUGCGUGCGCGCGCGCCACCUAAACCCCGCCCCGUUUCCCUCAGCGGCUCCACAGAGAGCGGCUGGCGGUUUGUGUGGCGGCGCCGACGGGCCGGUCCUUCUUGUGUGCCUCUCGCUCUCUUUCUCCACACACACACACAGACAGACAGACAGACAGACAGACACGGCCUGCCGGGCAGAGGGAGGGUGGAGUCCAGCCCCUUGUCGCUUUUCCUCUCCUCUUCCCUCCCUCUUAUUUCCCCCUCCUUCUUCACCCCCACUCCCCUCCUCUUCCUCCUCCUCCUCCUCCUCCUCCCCUCACGGACAACAACAUGGCGGCGGUGUCGGGGGCAGCGGCGGGCAGCUGUGCCAGCCUCGCCGGGGCCCCGGAGAUGGUGCGAGGGCAGAUCUUCGACGUGGGGCCUCGCUACACCAACCUCUCCUACAUCGGGGAAGGAGCUUACGGGAUGGUCUGGUAAGAAGGCGCUAAUUCUCUCCUCUUGCUUCCACUUCUCUCUCUCUCCCCCCCCCCCCUUCACCCUUUGCUGUUGCUGCUGAAUUUCCCCCUCAGCAUUAUUAUUAUUUUAAUGCAAGAAAGCGCCCUUGGCUUACGGGGUUAAGGGCGCUGCGCACUAGCGCUGCAACGAGGGACCUUCCCUUCCCUUCCUUCGGAAUGAAAGCAUGCAUGGGAUGGAGAUCGGGGCCGAGAGGUUGCAGAGCCCGACGCCUGCAGUGCCAUUCUGCGCCUGUUUUACUCGGAAGUAAGCCUAUGUGCGGAGAGUGAGUACCCAAGGGCAAGAAAGGGAAACAGGACCGCAGCCUUAUGUAUGGGAGAGAGAGAGAGAAAUCCUUUCCUGUUUUUCUGGCUCAGUAUAAGGUACAGCUUGCAGUGCGAUCCAAGAAAAUAAAAAAAGCUUGCACAUCGACCUGUUAGUCGUUGGAUUUUCCUUCUCACUUUCCUCUACCUCCCAGUUUUUCAGCGGCUCCUGCGCCCUGCAAAGAUGACUUGCUGCAGCCCAUCCACAGUGUCACUUCUUUGCUGAAAUCCUGUUGUGUGUGUAUGUACAGCACCUGCAGUGAGCAUUGGUGCACGGUAUUUAGAUUGUGUUGGGCUCCUUAGGGAGGCAGUGUCUGUUGGGAAAGCAAAAUAGUAUCAUAAGUAGACGAGCCUUGCUCAGAGGCAAGUGUAAAUUUACAAAGUGCAGCUCUUCAACUUAAGCUUGUGCAUGUUUACUUUACAAGCAAAUAGCAGUGACUUCAGUGGACUACCCCCAGGUAAAUGUGCACAGAAUUGUAUAUGCAAAGGGCUGGAUUUCUUUUUUAAACCACCUCUUCUCUGCCAAACCAUUUAAUCAAUAAGAGCAUUGGAAGCUGCUUUAUAACCGAGUCAGAUCUAUUGUCCAUCUAGCUCAUUACUGUCUACACCCGGGGUCAGCAACCUUUUUCAGCCAUGGGCCGAUCCACUGUCCCUCAGACCUUGUAGGGGGCCGGACUAUUUUUGUGGGGGUGGGGGUGGAAAUGAACGAAUUCCUAUGCCCCACAAAUAACCUAGAUAUGCAUUUUAAAUAAAAGCACACAUUCUACGCAUGUAAAAACACCAGGCAGGCCCCACAAAUAACCCAGAGAUGCAUUUUAAAUAAAAUAACACAUUCUACUCAUGUAAAAACACGCUCAUUCCGGGACCGUCUGCGGGCCAGAUUGAGAAGGUGAUUGGGCCGCAUCCAGCCCCCGGGCCUUAGGUUGCCUACCCCUGGUCUACACAGACUGGCAGUUACUCUCCAGGAUUUCAGACAAGGGUUUCUCCCAGCUUUACCUGGACUCCAGGAGAUGCUGAGGAUUGAACUGUGGGGACCUUCUGCAUGCAAAGUAGGUGCUUUUAUCAUUGAGCUAUGGUUGUUCCCUUUGUUUUCUGUUGAGCAAUGUGGAAGCUGUUGUUGUAGGUAAUAGAGUAGUAUAUAAAUUCAAAUUAUUAUUUAUCGUAGUUUGUAACAUUCAUGAGUCGCCUCUCCUUGGCCAACAGCACCCUAGGUAAUUUAUACUGAUAAAAACAAUAUAAAUAUAAAAUGUAAAGCCAAGAGCUCAAUAAUUAUAUCACUAUGAACAUGAAACAAAACGAUAGUGUUUGUGUGUUGUGGCUUAGCUGAUAUAUUUGACUUGAUUGUAUAUGUAGUGUGAGAGCUUUCUGGGAGGGCAUGGGAUGCCUCUAGAAGCUAGGAAGCUACCUGAUCUCUCAUUGCUGAAAGAGUAAAAGCAAGGUGACAUCUUUUCCCCAAUUUAUUUUGUCUUAGGGAAAAGUGAGAAAAGAGAUCCUUGGUUGGAUUUAAUUAGCAUUAAUAACUUGUGGUGGGUUGCCACUGACAGUAUGCUGUCAUGAGCAAGAAGAGAUGGAGAUGCAAGUGGAAGAUCGAAAAUUGGGAGGAAAUGAUGGAUCAAAUGCCAUCAUUUGUCACAUUUAGUUGGUACUUAUAGGAAGUAUGAAGAAAACAAUUUGCUGUUGCAUGUGUAUUGUGCUGGUUAACUCACAUCCUCAUAUAUCUGUCAAAAUAUGGAUAUGAGAAGCUGUGGCAGUAAGGUGCAAGACAUUGUUGUCUAAGCUAAGCUAUAUUGCUGUUUGAUCAUUGCUGGCAUUUUCUCUUUUCUUGCUCUGCCAAAUGUAUUGUAGCAAGUGCAAUAGAACUCUGGUUUACCGUAACUUGGUAUCUAUCAGUAGUGUUUUAAAUUUGCGAGAAUGAUUGAAUAUAUCUUAUUUAAAUAUCCAUAUGUUGUUACGAAACAACAUACAGUGUACCGCGAAUAAUGAUGGAUGAGAAGUAGUGGUGCAUAUGUAGGCAAAGUCUCAUUGUGCACAAAAAAAUCAGAACCAAGUGGUGAUAAAACCACAUUUUUUGCUUAAACUGCUUUUGGUAGGAGUCUACAAAACUGAGAUUCAGUUUUUGUGUGAUUCAUUAUUACUAAAAUAAGUUCAUUGAAAGUAUUUAAGUCUCAGGGACUUCACUGCAGCAUAAACAUACUAGUCUUGCAGUGAAUGAGCUUUCUUUUUUUAAGGAAACAUGUAAUGGAAUAUAGUUGGUGAAAGUUAAUAAAUAUUUAAACAUAAUUUGACAUUAAAUAUUAUCCACCGGAGUCAGAGUGUAUCUCUCACAUGUACACACCUUUCCCACUCCAUUUAAGACUAGGCAACUGCUGCCCUAGAACUUUCUUCAGUUUAUUCUAUGUAGCCUAGCAUCGCCUAAUGGCUUCUUUGUAGGCAUCACUGACCAGAAACUCUGAAAGAAGUAAAUACGCAAUAAGUCAUAAAAAAUGGGACAGGUUUAGGUUCACUAGCUGGCUGGAAAUUAACAUAGGUGCAGUGAUUGCAUUUGCAGUGUAGUGCACUUGUGUGUGUUAUGAAGGCUUUGGGCGCAGUCCGCUGCUCUACACGGCUUAACAGGUGGUGACUGGCACUGUUUUGGUCUUCCAGGUACAGUAUUGUGGAAACCAGCCAACCCAGAGUCAUCAUUUCUUCUCAUUCAAAUGUCUGCCUGUUGUCUCACCCUAAGCCACUUUUCAGACAGUGUAGUAUCUGUGAACAAGGAGGAAAUAAUUUUGCUCACAGUCUAUGCUCAGCAGCACUUUGCAUCAGGCGCUUUUAAGAAAAGUUUUUUUCCCCUUAGAAAGGAACAUUGCACAGUGUACUCUGCCCUAGGGGAACUUUUUUUUUAAAAAAAGCAAUAUUAAUAAAAGUUAGCAUUUGAGCAGUUGUUAAGCAAUAAAUAACACUGAUUUAAAUCACAUUUGAAUGCUUUUUUUUUUAAUAAAAAUAACUUGUUGGAUGUUUAUUUUAGUGAUAAAAAACCAAAUGGGUUAUUCCUUUAAAAACUGUAUAGGUGAAUAUAAACUGUGAAAACUGUAGUUUAAUCUAGUUAAAAACUAAAGUAUAGGCAUAAGCCAUUCAACUGCAGUCAGUAAGUGACCAUAAUGUGAAUACUUAAGAAAAGCCUUGAUCGUGUCUUAGUGUUACAGUAAUGAGAUUAGAAUAAAGUUUAUAGAAGUAGAAAUGUCAGUAUUAAAUGUAAAGAUGUCAUAAACUUAUGCACAUGCUCUAAAGCAAAGAAAUUGUUGGAAGGUUGUGUUAAUGUAAACAUGUUCAGGACUGGUGUUGGGCUAACUCUGUGACUUUGCUUGAAUCACUUAAGAUAACUCCACAACAAAAGUGAUUUGAAGCCAGGAGUAGUAGUUGUUUAUUUAAUUUGUAUACCGCCAUAUACCUGCAGGUCUCAGGGCGGUUCAUGGGAUAAAAUCAUGAUAUAAAAACACAGAAUACAUACUCAAAAUAAGAACAAGAACAACCCAAUAACGUCCGUCUGUGUCCCACCCACGAUCACCACAUUUUAAUAGGGCAUUGGAUGUCAGUCAGCCAAAGGCCUGGUUAAAGAGGAACACUUUUGCCUGGUGCCUAAAGGUGUAUAAUGAAGGUUCCGGGUGAGCCCCCCUAGAGAGAGCAUUCCACAAAUGGGGAGCCACUACAGAAAAGGCCAGUUCUCGUGUUGCCACCCUACAGACCUAUUGUGGAGGAGGCACACGAAAAAGGGCCUCAGAAAAUCAUCUCAAGUGACAGCAAAGGAUCCAGGAGUACUCCCAAAUUAUGAACCUGCUCCUUCAGAGGAGGUGUAACCCCAUCAGGAGCAGGCAACCUCAAAGCCAUCCGAUCUAAGGAACCACCCACUAACAGUGCCUCAGUCUUAUAUGGAUUGGGUUUCAGUUUGUUGGCUCUCAUCCAUUCUAUUAUCGAGGCAAGACACCGGUCCAGCAUUUCCACUGCCUCACCUGCAGGUGUAAAGGAAAAGUAGAGCUGAAUGUCAUCAGCAUACUGCUGACAACGUACUCCAAACUUCCGGAUAACCCCACCAGCGGUUUCAUGUAGAUGUAGAACAGCAUAGGAGAUAGGAUAGAUCCCUGAGGAACUCCACAUUGAAGGCUCCACAGGGCUGAGUUGAAAUAUUCUAGAUGAACUCUCCUUGUGGAUUGUGAUAAUUAGGAAUGUUACUUUCUUGCCUCCCUCUAGCUCAUGGGUGUCAAACACAAGGCCCGCGGGCCGAAUCCGGCCCGCCAGACCUCGUCAUGUGGCCCGUGUAGCCGCCGCCGGCCGCCAGCCUUCACCUUUUAUUCUCGCUUUUUUUUUUUUUUUUGACACAAGAAAGCCGCCUCUUCAGCGCAUGCACGGCAGCCUACAAGCCAGAGAACGUCUGCCCUCUAGCGGCGCCGCGGCCCCCGAUGAAUUUGAGUUUGACACCCCUGCUCUAGCUCAUUGCACGCACCAAAAUCUGGUUCCCCUCCCCCAACACAGUCCCUGUUGCUGCUCUCGUCUUUUGAAGUUUCUUCUCCUCCCACUCAUCCUGACUUGGCUGAUGUGAUGGCAGAAUUGGCUUCUUUGCAAAAUCCUGCCAUUUCAGCUCCUGGUUGCUUGCUUUUUUCACUGCUUGUCAACCUUCAAAAUUCAUCUUUUAUAUUUCCUUUGCAUCUCUGGAUUGCUGUGGUAUAUUGCCAUUUUCCCAUGCUACCUCCCUUCAGCUUUCAUGCCAUGCCUCAUAUGGCUUUCCCCUUUCCCUCCUGACAAUAUUCCAAUUUCGCUGGUGAUUCAGCAUUCAUACAAAUAACCUCAUUGACCCAGCUUUUUUUUCCACAUUCUCUUCUACACUGACUUCUUUUCAACCUCCACUGAGAACUCUUAAGAACUCUCUGACCCUUUUCCUGUGGAAAUCUGUCCUGGCAUUAGCACUCAUUUCCUUUCCUCUUCUGUGUCUUGCUAUUUCUAUGAUUUGUAAAUGGCUGUGGUCCUCUUGAAAGUGUUAUCUUCUGCCUACACCUUAGACUCUGUAAUAAUGUAAGAAGUUGCCUCAUACUGAGUCAGGUUAUUGGUCCUUCUAGCUGCAUCUGGUCUAAACGUCCACCAUCAACUCCUCCCUAUCCCAUAUUAUUUGCUUCCUGUUCUGGCUUUUUUUAAUAUAAUUCUUGAAGCAUCUCUGAAGAAAAUCAAGAUUUGACCAACUUUGCCCAUUUUCUUCUCUGCUGUCUUUCUAGCAAAGCACCUUCUGCACCUUCUAAUGUACACUCACUAAACCCUAGAUGCUUCUUUACCUUUGCUUUGCCAAGGCCUGCACUUCCGCUAAACUGCCUUUUGCUCAGGGCCUUGUUGACAAGGAUAAAUAUUGCUUCCCACACUGUGUCCAUUCCCUCCCCCUUCCCAUGGUAAGUUGAUUUAAAAACCAGUCCUUUUCAUAUUGCCAGGAGCUGGAGUCCUUUUGGAACCCCAGCCUGCAACAUGGAGUCCACCUGUGCACACUUGGGGGGUACAGCCUAGCAGUAAAGUUGUGGAGCCCAUGCAGUGGGAGCAGAGUCCAGUGGUAAAAGGGUUGUGCCCAUGCACCGAGGGGCACAGUGAGUGAGUGAGGAAGCAGAACCCACAGAAAAAGGCAUUGCUAAGGUGUACUACUCUUCCAUGUGCAUAGAAGUUACCUGCCACUAAGCAGUGUAUCUAUGCAUGACAUUAAUGACUCUACUUACUUCACAAGCAAAAGCAUUAAGUGCAUAACACAGUUUGUUGAGUGCAGUUUACAUGCUAAGUCACAAGUAUAAACUACUGUAAUGAACUUCAUUACAGGACAGAUCACAAACUGCAAUCAGCUUACAAUAGAACAGCUAAAUUUCUGAAUAGGAUUGGGCAUUAUGAUCAUACUACACCACUUGUACUGGUCCUCAAUCUGUUUUCAGGCCCGAUUCUGACUUCUGGCGCCUUUUACAGCUUGGGACCAGGAUGUGUGCAGCAUUUUUUUGCAGCAGUAAGAAAAGCUAAUUCUAUUCUAGGUUGCAGCAACAGAAGUAUAAUGUCCAGAUCAAGGGACGUAAUAGUACCACUCUAUUCUGCCUUGGUCAAACCACAGCUGAAAUACUGUGUACAGUUCUGGGUGCCACAAUUUAAGAAGGAUAUUGACAAGCUGGAAUGUGUGCAGAGGAGGGCAACCAAGAUGAUCAAGGGUAUGGAAACCAAGCCUUAUGAGGAGCCAGUUGAGGGAGCUGGGUAUGUUUAGCAUAGAAAAGAGGCGUCUGAGAAAAUAUGAUAGCCAUCUUCAAAUAUUGAAAUGGUUGUCACAUGUAAUAUGGAGCAAGCUUGUUUUCUCCUGCUCCGGAAAUUACAACUAAACAUCAGGAAAAGCUUUCUGAUAGUAAGAGCUGUUCGACAGUGGAACAGUCGGACUCCCUUGGGAGGUUGUGGACUGUUCCUCAUUGGAAGUUUUUAAGAAGAGGUUGGAUGGCCAUCUGUCAUGGAUGCUUUAGUUGAGUUUUCUGCAUUUCAGGGGGUUGGCCUAGAUGACACUUGGGAUCUCUUCCAAUUCUACAAUUUUAUAAGUCUUUGACUGCCUGUCUCCCUUUAUGCCUAUCUUAUGUUAGGUUCUUUGACAGAUAGCCUUCGGUUGAUUACCAUGCCUUCUCUAGCUUUCCUGGAUGAAGGGUUUCUCAGUCUUGGCUCCCCAGUUAUGGAAUGCUUUUCCCAGUAAAAUUUAUGGGAAUAUUAUCAACAGAUGGGCUUUCCUCUCUCUGUAUGUGCAGUCAUACUACAAAGAUGAUGCAUUUCAUUUAAUCAUGAUGUAGAAUAUUUCUUUUCAGUUAGUGGCUUUUCGUUAAUCCUUAUACAUUGGAUAUCUCUGUGUAUAAUAUUCACAGAAUAUUUUGAUGUGUUUUAAUAUGCUAUAUAUCUAGUUUUUUAUAUUUUGAUGACCUUUUGUCAUACAUAAAAUUUUGCUAGAUAUACACAAUUAUAGACCAUAUUUAGCAUUGUCUGAAACACUUCUCACAGUUUGUUUCUCUCCAGAAAACCAUGACUGAAAAGCUCUUAACUUCAGGAUUACGCGUAUAACUUUUAUAUUAUAUCAUAAAUUGUAGCACUUUUUCAUUUUAAAACAUUGCCUGAAUAGGAAUUGCACCUAUAAUAAAUAUUUGAUUUUUUUGUAGUCCUUUUUUGUUCACAUAGUGGUUCACAUAGGGACUUAAUAUGUUACGUGACAAAAGGCUUUAAUUUAAUGGAAAAUUUAACCCAGGUCCCUGUGUAUCUAAGCUUAAAAAAAGCAAUGGCCAGGACAUUGUUCAGCCUGAGUGACCUGCGCAUUGUUCAGUAAAGAGAAAUGGCUUUUUUUCUAACCUGUCAAGCAUAUACCGGAUUAUAAAAUGAUUCUCCCUCUCUGUUCUUUGGCUCAUCAAUUUGGUUAAUUUGGUUACUGAUAUAAUGUCCUCCUGUUUGCUGUAUUUCAGUGUGUAUUAACUCUUAUUUCCUUAUCUAAAACAUCAGUUUUCUGUUUAGUUCUAUUCAUUUGUUCAGGCAACUGUUACCUUUCAGAAAACCUUAUUUCUCCCUUGACACACCAAUGGGACAGUAUAAAGGUUUGGGAGAACAAGCAAUCUGAGAUUUAGACUACUUUAAUUCCUGCAAGAUUGAAUUGGCUAAGUUUCUCUCAAAGACAUGAGGUGGUGUGCCAUCUUUCUAAUUAAAGCUGAAAUCAUGGACAUUUUAAUGAGGCAGGAAAUCUGGAAUGAAGUUUGAAAUUAUGCUUAAAAGUAGGAUCUUGAAUGCCAAUAUUCAAAGGAGACAACUAAUCUUGUGAAUAUUUUGACAAAUUUCCUGUCUACUGCUUUUCACAUCCUGAAAAAACUUUGAGAAGAGUUAAAGCAGCAAGUGACUAACUGUUACCUGGAUAAUUUUGUUGUAUUUUGUUCAAAAUUAUUUAACAGGACUUACAACAACAACAACAACAACAACAACAACAACAACAGAACAAUAUUAUUCAUACAAUUUUAUUUAUUUAUACAAUACAUCAAAACAGCUUACAGCACAUAUAACAAAUCGUAAAACAUCAGACAUAAAAAAUUUCCCAAUACAGGGCUGCCUUCAGAUGUCUUCUAAAAGUCAUAUAGUUGUUUAUUUCUUUGACAUCUGAUGGGCACCACUACCAAGAAGUCUUGUUCCUUGUAACAUCACUUCUCACAGUAAGGGAACCGCCAGAAGGCCCUUGAAGUUGGACCUCAGUGUCCAAGCUGAAUGGUGGGGGUGGAGAUGCUCCUUCAGGUAUACUGGGCCUAAUGCAAGCUACUAAUGCAAUGCAAGCUUCUAUGUUUUAAAUAAUGUUUUCUGACAUAGUGUCUAAAGCUUUAUCUAAUAUGGUUAAAGUUAUUAUGAUGCCACCAUUAUUAUCUUGCCACCACUGGUUCUGAGAAAAAUGUUAAAGUGCUGAAACCUCACAGUAUUUUGGCAGAUAAAUUGAAUUUUGUUAUCUUCAUGAUUGAAAAAGGCUAUGUCAGCAUUUCUAGACAACCUGAGUCUUGUUCUGUAGAUAAUGCCAUUAAUUUUUUGUUUAAUAUUGAUGAUUCUUCUUCCAGUUCAGCACAUGACAAUGUGAAUAAAGUUCGGGUGGCCAUAAAGAAAAUCAGUCCUUUUGAACACCAGACUUACUGCCAGAGAACUCUGAGAGAGAUCAAAAUCUUACUGCGCUUCAAACAUGAAAAUAUUAUUGGGAUCAAUGACAUUAUCAGAGCUCCAACAACUGAACAAAUGAAAGAUGUGUAUCCUUUAAAGAUGUAUGCCCUUGUGCUCUCAUUGUUUCAGCUUUCUGCUCUGUUUCACUGUUGAUUGUUUAUCUUGGUGUUAUCCUAAAUUAUAUGUUAAAGACUACUUCCUUGAUCUUGUCAUCCAGUGAUUCUUGCUGUUUUAGUAGUUGUACUAAGCCCAAAUCUUUCUGUGUGUAAUGCAACAGAACCUUUUAUCUGUUGAGGACUUCAAUCCCUUGUGGGUAAUCUGCUGGAGUGAGGGCUGCAUGCUGACAGAGGGUGGGGUGGGGCCAAGGCUAAAAGUGGACUGAGUUUCAAGUGUAGCAUAGCUCGCUCUUUGUAUACCCCAUCUCUUUUUCCUGUGCCACCCGAUCUCUCUGUGCUUCCCUCAACUUCUGUCUAUUUUGGCUCCUUCCCCCACCCUUCCAAUGAUAGAAUCCCCCACCCACCCACACACGCUUCCAUUGUUCCACUUGGUUUGAUUGUACAAUCGUACCUUGGAAGUCAAAUGGAAUCCAUUCCAGAAGUCCAUUCGACUUCCAAAACGUUCAGAAACCAAACCAAAGCGCAGCCUCUGAUUGGCUGCAGGAAGUUGUGGAAGCCCCACUGGACGUUCGGCUUCCAAAAAUAGUUCACAAACUGGAACACUCACUUCCGGGUUUGCAGUAUUUGGGAGCCAAAAUGUUCAAGAAUAAGCUGUUCGAAAACCAAGGUACGACUGUAUGCACUUUGGGGAGUUUCCCUCUCCUCCUUUCUUAUCCUUCUAGGCCCAUCUCAUGGUUCACAGCAAGCCUUUUUCCCCAUGUCCAGUUGUCAUACUGGAGAGGAUUGUUUGAAGCAGUCACACAAAUUUUUCCAAGAGCCCAACUGAUUAGCAAAUUGUAAUAGGAUAUGGAAUCAUGCCAUUCUCAGUUCGUAAGCAGUCCUUGUACCAUGCAAAUGUUGCAAUUUAGAAUCAUAGAACUGUAGAUUUUGAAGGGACCAUGAGGCUCAUCUAGUCCAACUCCAGCAAUGCAGGAAUCUUGCCCAACGUGGGGCUCAAACCCUCAACCCUAAGAUUAAGAGUCUUGUGCUCUACCGACUGAGCUAUUUUUAAGUAAGACUACUAUGACAUUAGUUAUGGGUGAUGUGCUUCUUUAUUGAUUAACCAUCCAGCAAUAUUGCACAUUUUUUUCUUCUGAAAAUGUAGAAGUGAAGUUUUAAAGAACUUGGGAGCUGAGCAACUCCAGUAUUAUGUAGUAAAAUGUUGGUUUGUUUGCCUUAAUACGAUUUACAGAUAUAUUGUGCAAGAUCUAAUGGAGACAGACCUUUACAAGCUCUUAAAGACUCAACAUCUCAGCAAUGACCACAUCUGUUAUUUCCUUUACCAGAUCCUGAGAGGAUUAAAAUAUAUCCAUUCAGCCAAUGUGCUGCAUCGUGACCUCAAACCUUCCAACUUGCUGCUAAACACCACUUGUGAUCUCAAGGUUAGCAAGUAUAUUUUUGUCAAUAUAAAAGUACCCAUGUCAAUAUAAAACUUACUCAUUCGCUAUUUUAAAUCAGUGGGUUUCUAUGCCAAGAAAGAUCCCAAAAACUAAGCUGUAACAGAGACUAUUAGAAAGGCAUGUGUACCAUUAUUGUGGUAUUUGGCAACGAAGUUUUAGCACACACACAUAAGUUGUUUAUGCAUGGAUUGAAGCUUUGUUCACUUUUUUUGUUCAGAUGUUAUCUCCAUUUCCUUAAAGAAUGGAACCUGUAAAUGUUCCUUCUUGUUGCCAUGGGACAGCUAUUCUGCAAAUUCUAAAAGACAGAAAGCAUAUUUACAGUUUUUAUUGCAGCUUGAAAAUCUGAGAGGGUUUUUGAUGAUAGAAUCAUAGAAAUAUAGAGUUGGGUGGGACUUCAAGGGCCAUCUACUCCAAUCCCCUGCAAUGCAUAAAUUUUUGCUUGAUUAGGAAUAUUGAUGUGACAAAAAAUAAAAAGAAAGCUGUCCCUCCUAUAACAUCUUUGUUUGAUUUGAUAUUAGAUCUGUGACUUUGGACUGGCUCGUGUUGCAGAUCCAGAUCAUGAUCACACUGGGUUCCUGACAGAAUAUGUAGCUACGCGUUGGUACAGAGCUCCUGAAAUCAUGUUGAAUUCUAAAGUAAGAGCUAUGUAUGGAAGAGUGCCUCAUGUGGUGCUUGAAAGAUAUAAUAACAAAUAAUAAUAUAUAUUGUUAUUCUUAUUCUUAUUCUUAUUGCUACUACUGUUGUUGUUGGGCUGCCUUCAGAUGUCUUUUAAAAAUCACAUAGCUGUUUAUCUGUUCAACAUCUGCUGGGAGAGCGUUCCACUACAAUGUGGCUCCUGGAAAAUCUAAUUAAAUCCUACAUUUUGUACAUGAACAAAUUGCACCCCGAUAUUUAAUUCACUGACUGUAGCCAUAUGAGAGAUUGCUGGCUCAGUUGAAUGUCUUGAUUAUGUGUUUAACCAACUGUGCUGCAAACCAGAGCUAGCUUUGACUUCAAGUAGAAAUUCUUGAUUGCCUAUCAUUGAAAUUUAUGUUGCUUUCUGAGAGAUGAAGCUGCUUGCGUAUGGCUUUUUAUAGAAUUACCAAAUUGAGGCCACAGUACCUAGUGCUGCUACUUUUUAGCUUUGGAAUGGAACUGUGAUAUGAUAGGAAUUAAACUAGCAGCCCAGCAUUCCUUUGAAAUUUUAAUCCCUGGAAGAAAGUGAACAUAUGCAGGCAUGCAAUUAUCACUGGUGAGAGACAGGAGCUGGCUAAACUGGCAGAGCACAGUGGAACACACGGUUGUGGGUUUGCAUCCUAGUUUGCAGAAGCAGGCAAGUGGGAAUUAAGGCAGUCUGAAGCUUAGUAGUAGUGGGAUCCAACUCACAUAAACCCAAAAAAGUUCAAUGGACCAUGUUCUAAUGCUUGUCCAUUCUUUUAGCAUGUGUAUAUCAAAUCUUACGCAUUGAGGUAUAUCCAGAGUUCUAGGGCACUUCAGAAAUCCAUAUUGUCAGGUUUUUAAUUAUUUCUGUAUCAUCUCUUUGUGUGCAAAAUAUGCUGUUUAUUUUCAUAUGAAAUCAGAAGUUAGUACCAUUUUACACAUGAGCAGCUCAGGCUAAGUGUGUGGCUUGCUUAACUCAGCAAUCAUUGAAGUCAGAGUUUCCUGAUACUUUGUUUUAUAUCAAAAGAUCACACUGGCUUUAGGGCUUGGAAUAAAAAAAAUAAGAGUAAUCUUUGUGGGUUUCACAUGGUAACAAUUAGAUAAAGUUUGUAUUUUAUGUUUCUAAGACUGCAUUCCCAUGCACACAUGUCAGGGUGAGUGCAAGUGAGUCCAGCUGAAAGCAAUGAUUGAAUAUGCACCUUAUGAUAAACCAUAGUUUAGCAUGAUGUGAAUAAGCAGGAAAUGGCUGUAGUGAGCCUCAGGCUUACAUGCUCCCCUCCCCUUUUUUGUUCCUACAUGACGAUAUGGAAUCUGGUAGCUUUUACUUAGCGACCGUUCAUAAUGUUCUGAACCAACCAACUGUGGUUAUUCUUAACGACAGCUAGUUUAAAACAAGGCAGCUUGACACUAUUGCUACUGACGUUGGCUUGUUAAGACUAAUUGUGGCUAAGCUUAAUAGUAGGUCUCAGUCCCAACAGCAUGGCAAGUUGUGCUUAAAUCAAAAGAAGAAGCUUCUAAACUUCUCAUGGCUGAACUGUGGUUUUCUGUGAUAAGCAAAUAUAGACAUUGAGACUGACUUAAUAGUAAUCAUCCAUAGAUUGCAUUGUAGGUGUCUUCUGUACUUUUGUGCUUACCCUUCAUAUUUAUAAAACACAAUGCUUGCCUCAUUGUUCAAGAACAGUUAUAUAAAUUCUGAUUCAUCACAAGUGCUAGGACUGGAAUUCUGGAUUUCAAAAUUACCAUAUCUUGGCUCUCUUAAAUUGUAGUAUGUUGAACAGUACAGCAAAUGCUAGCAACAAGUGAUUUCCCCCAACUUUCUACUUAUAGGGUUAUACCAAAUCUAUUGAUAUCUGGUCUGUAGGCUGUAUUUUGGCGGAGAUGCUAUCAAACAGACCCAUCUUUCCAGGAAAACACUAUCUUGAUCAGCUGAACCACAUCCUUGGUAAGAUUUCUAUAUAUAACUAUAGGCAAAGGCUGCUUUUGUCUACUAAUUGCCAUUUCUCUCCAGCCUAGUGAUUUGAUUGAUGGUACCAGCUGUGGCCAUCUAUUCAUAUUUUUAUUUUAAAUUCAUGCUGAUUUUCUCCCCUGUUCUCACCUCUCCUGCUCUGCAUGCAGCAUUCUGCACUCCACCAGGCAAGGGCACAAUCCAGCAGAAACCUCCUUGAUGUAAGCGCCACAGAAACAAGUAGAAAACGAACAAGAGCAAAAUUCCUCUUCAUUACCAUCCUUUGAUACAAAUUUUCAUUAUCCAUUGGUACACAGAUAUGAACUAGUUUGAGAUAGUUAAAGAAUACCACAUAAUUUCCCUUCAGUGCUGCUCCCAGUUAAUUUAAGAUACAGCUUCCAGAUUACUAGCAACUGCUUCCAACCAGUUUCCAAAGUCAGCCCCUGAGCAGAGGUUGAAUCUGGAGGUAACCAGAGCAGGGAUAGUGUCAGGAAAGGCAGCAGCUGGUGAAAUAACCUUAAUUAGUGGAAGGUGCUCAGCACCACAAAUGACAGGUGGUUGUUCAGUGACACACCUGCAUCUAUUAGUACACCCAAUCUAGUAAAUGAUAACAGAUUUAAGAAACUUGAUAUUAAUUUAAUCUUUAUCAAAUGCAUUCAAGUGCUUUGUUUCCACAAUAAUACUCUUUUCUCUAUUUUAUUGAAUUGUAGGAAUACUUGGAUCUCCUUCUCAAGAAGACUUGAACUGCAUAAUCAAUUUGAAAGCCAGAAACUAUUUGCUUUCUCUUCCGUACAAAAACAAGGUGCCAUGGAACAGGCUGUUUCCAAAUGCUGACCCCAAAGGUAACAUGAAAAGAUUGAGAUAACAACUGGAAUAUAGUGAUGCAAGAUUUGUGACCAUUGAAUGUAGCAAGGGCUGAAAUCUUACCCAUUAAAUUUCCCUUCGCAGAAUAUAACUAUAUAAACUAUGUUAUAUUUGUGUUUGGUAUCAGAUUCAUUGCAGCUUGUAAAGAGCUUAAAUCACAAAAAAGUUAGAGAUUUGUAGUUUGCUAAUUUCUGUUUCCAGUUCAUAUUCAUUGGGGCUAAUCACUUCAUGUGCUGGUGGUCAGUGGCACUCUGAAGGAUGGUUGCUCACUCAAGGCAUUACUUGGCCAAAUGCUCAUGAAACUGUUUUUAGCUGGUGCUUUUUUCUUUUUCUUUUGGAGUUGGGAGUGAACCUCUAUCAACUGUGCUUGACUCCAGAUUAACAAAGCUUGGAAAUAAGGCCCAGGCGCUAUGGACAUGCACACAGUGCACAUGGGCUUUGCAUUUCAUGUUUGGGUGAAAUCUACACACACACAAAAAACGCUGUAAAAAUGCUUUUUUAAAAAAACAUUUUGAAAAAAUAUAUUGAAUUUACCAUAGCUCACUGUCGCCAUCUAGUGUCACAUUUGUAUUUUGCACUUUGCAACACACUUAAAACAUUUUAUUUGCAGCUGUAUAGCUGAGUCCUUGGUGAUGAGCAGAGGUAGGGAGCCUCCUUGGCUUCUUUUGCACCCUUCUGGGGCAGAAAGACAUAAGUACACCGACUGUGGCAAUGUCCAGCAAGAUCAGAAGCAGAGGGCUAGCAAGUACCCAAGACAAGCACCCUUGCAAGUAAUUUUCUUAGGAGCAGAUGAGCAGUUAAGUCCAGUCCAAAGUCCCAUAAAGCAUUCAAUGUUGCCUUGGAACCUGUUAGGGAGUUUGUGGGAUUUGGUUUGUUUUCCUAUAAACUAUUUUUCUUCCCAUCCUCCAAUUUCUGUGUUCUGAAUUAGGAUAUAUAUGUCUUGUGCUGCUUGCUAAACAUAUUCAGAACCGCUCUGAAUCAUGCAUGAAGGGAAGAACAGUGCUGAAUUAAUAUGGCUGCAUUACAACACAAACUGAUUCUAGCUUUCUCUACUAUAGCUCUUGAUUUGUUGGAUAAAAUGUUGACCUUCAACCCUCAUAAAAGAAUUGAAGUGGAAGAAGCUUUGGCGCAUCCAUAUCUAGAGCAGUAUUAUGAUCCAAGUGAUGAGGUAGGGGAACAUUUUAUUUUACGUGGUUUGAAAUCACUGAAAUUCUUUAAAUAGAUGCUUAGAAUAGUUUGGGGAAUAGAGGAAGUUAGCAAGUAAAUCACAAACAAAAUUCAUAAUUUUAUAUGUACUAGUAAGUAAGUAAUUUUAUAUUUACAUUUACAGGCAGAUCUGAUCAUUUUUACAUUUCCCUCCUUUUGUUAGGCUUCACUAACAAAAUCACUGUUAAAGUGACAAAAUUCUGUGCAAGCACACUCACUAACAUUCAGCAAUCCAUUCUAGUGUGAUUGUGAGUAUGUGACAAUGCUCACACAUCCUAGCCCUUUGCCAUUCUCUUAAUCCCAAAUACAGUCGUACCUUGGAUCUCAAACGCCUUGGCUCCCAAACAAAUUGGCUCUUGUACGAUCGAAACCUGGAAGUGAAUGUUCUGGUUUUCGAACGAUUUUCAGAAGCUGAACAUCCGGCGCAGCUUCCAAUUGGCUGCAGGACGCUCCUGCAGCCAAUUGGAAGCCGCGCCUUGGUUUUCAAAUGGUUCUGGGAGUUGAACAGACUCCCAGAACACAUUCUAUUUGAGAACCCAAGGUAUGACUAUAGUUGUUUACUGGCCUGGAAACUGUAAAAUUGUUUUUGUUUGAUUGUAAUUUAAUGCCUGAUCUGUGAUCAUAGUAAUAAAGAUUGAUAUUUAGAUAUUUAUGUUUAGAUGGGUUAAUAUUAGACAGUUGACGCCAUAUGACUAUCAGAUGCUUUACGUUUUAAAUUCUACUUGAGAGCAGUGCCACAUUUUAUGUAGCAAAAACAACUGUUCCAUCUACAAUAGCUACACCAAUGUUUCCCAUGACAAGUGUCUGUCAACACAGGUGAACAUAUGAUGAACAAUUACUGUCAGUCAGAGCCCCCAGAUGUACGUACAUAAUUGUUUAUGUCCAUGUAUCUGUCCAGACUUUGUGCAUGUAGCAUUUGUGUUUAGACCCCACAAACAGUGCCACUGUACAAGAGCCAUACGCUCAUGUUAUUUGUAAUAACUUGCUGUAUUACACAGGAAAAAGAUUUCAUACACUUCAUUGCGUUCUUACUUAACACAUUCUGUUAGACACUUUCACUCUGACGAAUAGACAUGACUGUCUUCACAUAACUAGAAACAUCUCAGACCUAAUCUGACAAGAACAAUGCAUGAAAAAUUCCUAUAAAAAUGUAAGAAGUAACACACAGUUGGCGUCUGCUUCCUCUUUGGUUACUAAAUGAAUCAUAAAACUAAUUUUGCUAUGCUUUAUUUUUUUUUUAAGACUUAUAUCCUGCUUUUAAACAACCUAGUCCUCAAAGUUGUUUACAUUUACCUCUCUGUUACUUCCCUGUUUCCUAUGGUGGUUUGGAACAAAUUUGUAAACAGGUUUACUAAAAGAUUUCAUGUUGCUGUUGUUGUUAGCCUGUAGCUGAAGCACCCUUCAAGUUUGACAUGGAGCUGGAUGACUUACCAAAGGAAAAACUGAAAGAACUGAUUUUUGAGGAAACUGCUAGAUUCCAGCCAGGAUACAGAUCCUAAAUGACACACAGGUACAUUGAAUUUUAGCCUAACUCUGUAAAACUAGCGCAAGAAAAUAACAGACACAAAAUGUGUGAUGACAUUUUUCUAAAGUAAUUAUUUUAUAAAUCUUGAAUUACUGGAUAUCAUUCUUGAGUAAUCUUGGGUAGCUUGGGGCCUUAUGCAAGGGAAUUCCCUGCUAAGCCAUCCUAAAAUCAAAAAGACAAAAGUUUGGCCCCAACUUGAAAAAUGGUCCAAAAAUAAAAAUAAUUAAAACCGCCCAAAAUUCAAAAUAAAGACUCAAAAUCACAAAGAUAAAAAUCCAAAUAGCCUCAAAAAGCAAAAUAGAAGUCAAAAACCCUCAAGUCUCAUUGCUGUGUUGCAAAGGAAAGGGGAGGAAAAGGGCAGGCGAGUUGGAGGAUCAACACUAGAACAAAAGAGCCCUUGUGACUUUGAGGAAACAAAACAAAAAAAUAUUUCUCCAGUUUAAAAAUCAUUUUCAAUAAUUAGUAAAAAAACCUCAGAAAUCUCUGGAAUUCUUUCCUAUACUAGGCCCAUAACCUUAUGAUGGGCAUUAUUAGGUAAGUGAUAGAAUAUAAUUAACUAUAUUUUAUUCCCCUACAGACCCAGAUAUGUGGGUUAGCAGCCAAAGGGAUCAGCUUAGCGCUUGCACUUAAAAGCAUGGGGCUGAGCAGAGUUUAAAUCCCAUCUUAAGCAGUUUAAUUGAAAGCAUAGGACUUAGCUGUUAGGCUGAUAUCUCCCUUUAUUAUCCCAUUUAUCAAAGAAACAGGCUACAGACUGAAAAUUAAGUUUAAAACAUAUAUUUUACUCACAGUCAAGCAUUUGUCCUUAGCAGCAAAAACAAAUGCAGGUAAAAUAUUUUUGGGGUACAAAAAUAAAAGGUUAUUUUCAAAAUGGAAUCUAGGCUUGGGGCAGGCCAAGACAUGUUCAUCUGCUCACAUGGUAUGAAGGAGAGAGAGGGGGGGGAACAGGAAAUACUUAUUUUGCUUCUUCCCCCCUAGGAGAGAAGGGGGAAAUGACAUCACACGUUUCUAUAGUCUGAGUUUGCCUAUCAGCAAUACAGCUCUAUGGUUUUAACCCCUUCACAUGUUGACUAGCAGGAAUAUGCAUUGUUAGAUUUGACUGCAUAUCUCCCACACUACAAAUUUUAGUCAAAUGUGCUCUGGGUACACCUGGGGGUAGAGCAUAAUUUACAAUUGAUUAGUAAAUAGUGGACACAAUUGGAUAUUUCAGUAGAGUAUUAAAUCCAGUACUGUUUGGAUUAUUUACCUGCUUUACCCUUCUUAAAGAUGUUGCAGAAGGUCUUUCAGAAUAUUUAAGUGAAGACAGGAGAGAAAUACUUUUCAAGAAUGUUGGUUCAGCUGCCUUGCUUUGCUUUUUUGAAGGCUGUAAUUUGAUGGUUGUGUCUCAUUUCUAAUCUCUUCUGCUUUAUCAAUAAAUGCACACACGGUUCUUUAUUAAAACUUGUUUCCUCUUUGCCUCCCCCUCCCCAGGAAAAAGGAGUUCAAGGGCUGGACAUACUCCACAUAGAUGUUAUCUUCCUGGUUCUUUAUCUAUGGUCAUGCCUUGUGGCCUAUUUCAGCUUAUCCACUAACCACUUCAAGCCAUUCAGGAGAACCAUUUCUGGUAGUCCUGCCUUUUAUGCUUUCAAUGGAUUCUUUAUUUAUGCCUGAAAAAAUUGUCACUGAUAUUCCUGUGUGUAAUGUCCAUUACUGACCUUUAUGCAGUACUGUACUUCCAUAUGCACCUACUGCUGACAAUACUGCUUCCUUUUCUGUUUUGAAAGAUGCAGUGUUUCAUCCCCAGAUUUUAACCUAGAAGGUGGCAGACAAAGAUUUCUACAUCAUGAACUGUUUUAUUUUCUAGAUUUGUUUUGUUAGUAGCAUUUUUAUUUUUUAAAGAAAAAGCUACGAUUUAGGGCACUUUAAGUCAGUGGCAUCCUCCACUCUUUUGCACUUCUUUAAGCAGUAGUGGUUACUAGCAUGCACAGUGCAGAUGGACAGAGUGACAGCAUAGGCGACAUUAAUAUUAAAAUCAUGCGCUUGCUCUGAUUUCUUCUACACAUGUAAAUUAUUUAUUGCAGGGCAUUUUACUAGGACAUCCAGAAAUCUUGCUUUGUUAACCAAACCUUAAUGAUGGGCGGGGGGGGGGGCUGUUCUGUCACCUCUUUCUGCAGUCCUAGGUAUGUCAACAAUUUUCAAUUUGAAUGGUACUCCCAAAGCAUCUACUGUCACAUUUGAAAGAUAUUCAUAUCCUAAGCAUGUUUACUCAGAAGUAAAUCCCAGUGAGUUCAGUAGGACGAGUAGGUAUUCUUAGAACGAUAGCCUUGCAAGACAGAAAGUAGCAGCUCAAUAGCAGUGAGAGAGUAAUUUAGAUAACCACAUUUCAUCCUCGGUAGUUUUCUGUUGUGGAAAGGCGCCAUGUGGUAUUCAUUAGUGAGUGGAAAUAUUCAUAUGAAUAUGUGAACUCAGUCUACAUAUUAAAUACCAAUGAAACACUUCAGGUAUCUUUACAAUAUUUGAAUUUACACGGAGGGCUCUGACAAAGGAACACUGCAUCUUUGAAUAAGAAAUUUAGAAUUUACCUUGCUGUAAUCUUCCCUGUGGUGAUAAGCUCUGAUUUGAUCUACUGCUCAGUUAAAUUGUUUAUUGAUAAUGCUGAUUUAGGGCCACCAAACGAAGCUAUCACUAAAUCAUGUUUCAUUGAACACUUUACCUUUUCUAAUGAUAGCUCUUUUAAGUAUUUGUUUCUGAAACUGUAUCAUGUGGAGUUUACUAGGUGUAAUGUUCCAGUGCAGUGCCUCCUUUACUUUCCCCACUGCUCUGUGGUGAGAAAUUUGCCUUGUUUAAGAUAAUUACUGUGCCCUCGCAUGACUGUUACAAGCUUUCUGUGCAAAGAUGAUUGUCUAAGUGCCACAUGCCUACAAUUGAAAAAGUUACCUCCGAGUUGUGUUGAAUUAAAUUCUAUCCAGCAAAUAACUUAGGAAAAAAAUAGUUUUGUUUUAGCUGUUUUUUCUCUGCUCUGUUGUGUUUUGGCAGCAGUGAAGAAUAGACUGUAUAAAGAACGCUUACUAAUGCGAACAAAGACGCACUUGUAAUUAAUCAAAAAUAAAUUUUAAUCUUGUAUCUUUACAUUAACCUUUCAAAUAAUUUUAUUUGCUCUUUGAUAAAGCAUUUAGAUGGGAAUCUGACGUCUGUUGUAUUAAAGGACACUUGCUGGUGAUAGCACUAAUUUUAUCUGCAGUAUAAUUUAGAAAGCAUUAACCUAGACUCUUGGCAGCCCUAUCAUUUUAUAUAUUUACUGAGAUUGACAGAACAACUUCCAAGUAAUGAUACAUAGGAUGGUUCCAGGCCCCUAUCCACCUCAAGUUAGUGAUAACCAAAUCCCAUUAAAAGUAUUGGGACACUGGUUAGUCACACCUAAACUAGUUUUGAUUGGUUCCAAUGGGGCAUGCUGCACAAUCCUAAGCAUAUUUACUUGUCUCAUUGAGACUUAAGCUGCAAUCCUAUGCACUUACCUGGGAGUAAGUCCCAUUGAACUCAAUGAGGUUUACUUCUGAGUAAAUGACUUUAGGAUUGUAGCUACAGGCACUUUAACUGAAUUCGGGGCCCAGUAUAAAAGGGUGCUUAUAGGACCCAGAAUCCAAACAUUUUCUUAAUGAAUAAUUUAGGAAUUUGUUUAAGCAGACUAACUUUUAGUAAACAAAAGUUUGUCUUCAAAGGGCAUUUUCUAUUAACUCUUACGGUCCAUAGUACUACUUCUUUGUAAACCAUGAGUAGGGGACAUAGUUGGGAAAACUGCGAAGAUGUCAGUUUUGUUAGGAUUCUACACUUCGCUGUUUGUACUCGGGUGGAAACUUUUCUUGGUCGUUUUACAAAUCAUAUCUUAGCCAAAUGCCUGCACCUCAUUCAGUUUAUAGCCCUAGGCUCUGCCUGUACGAUCAUUACAGAAUUAACUUGGUGAGUUUUGACUGUUAGAAAAGCUCUACUGAAAUAACACCACGUUUUUAUUAAGAGCUUUGCCAGCUUUUCAUUUACUCCUUGCAGUUAUGCUUUGGAGAUUUAACUUUAGUAGUAUGAACAUUACCUUGGAUUUACAACUCUACAAAAGAAGCCAUGGGCACAAUUUACUAAUAUCUGGUGCUUUGAGGCAUUACUUCUGUCUGCUUUUAAAACAGAUUGACUUGAAAGCACUAAUUGCAGACAUCAAAUGUUUUAAGGAGUGAAAUUCCACCUUGAGCAUAAAAGCAGGAUUUUCAACAGGAAAUAUUUUUAAGAUAAAUGCUUAUACCAAUGGGUUUUUAUUACCUGUCUAUUUCUGCAUGACUGUCGAGGAAUUCCUACUAAAGUGAUGGAGAACAUGAGGUCAUGUUACCAAUAUAGGUAUGCAGUUAUACUAAAGUUUGUUCAGGGAUCUUUGGUAUAAGAAAUGCAUAUUUUGGGUUUGAUGUGAGUUGAGUGCAGAAUGUGCAUAUUCACCGGUCACUAUAUGAAAUCCUUUGGAUAGCUUCAUAUUCAGCUUGGAGACUAUGCAUAUUGAUCAGGCAAUAUAUACACUAUUCAUUCUGUCAGUUUGUGCACAUUCUAUGUUCGGCUCCUGUAAGCUGCAACAUAUGCAAGCUGCCAAACAUUCCAGUCUUCGGCUAGUAAGACCCUGCAAUUCACAGGUAUAAUCCAAGCAAAUUAUGUUUCCUGGCUGUGAUUGAUUGAACUUUUGCUUUCUGAGGCCUAUUUCCCCCCCCCCCCAGCCAUACGUGUGUGCCAUACAUGGGAAGCCUCGUAAUGUGUGUUUUAAUUGGUAACUGCAUUAUCACAUAGGUAAGAUAUGAGAGCUGCAGGAGGACUUUGGUAAUUGAAGGCAACCAAUUUUGUUUCUGCUUUAAAAUAUUUAAAUAUGAAGCCGCCUUAUAAAGAGUCAGAUCAUUGGCACAUCUACCAAAGUACUUGCAGUGGCUCUCAAGUAUCAUUUAUAGGGAGGUUUUUCCCAGCCCUGCUCUGCGAUAUUCUUUUAAGCCAGAGAUGCCAGGGAUUGAACCUUGGACGUUUGGGCCAUGCAGACCUUAUUGCUUCUGCUACUGAGCAUAAUGUACUAUAUACUACGUGCUACACUAUGGUAUAUUUAUAAUUUGUCAGAAAUACAUCAGCCAAGAAGCUGUCAUGGGGAUUGUAAAUUCUUAAAGGGUACGUUGGUUUCUGUAAGUUCAGUAUCUAUCCCAAAUGCUUGCUUAAUAAACCAAUUUUUAAAAUAGCUCAGAUAGGGGUAUACAUACUUAUGAUUUCACUUUUAGUCCUUUGCAUAGUACUUCUAUAUUUAUAAAGCAAUGUUUUGAAGCAAUCCCAAGUUUAAGGGAAAGUAUUUUUGUAAGUGUUGCAGUUUAAGUCCAAGAAAUCCUUUUCACAUAAGUCUAAAAUGCAUUUAUGCUUUGGCUUGAAUGAUUUGUCUGAAAUACAAGACGCUAAUGAAAAGUGCACCUUGGUGAAGUUCAUCCUAGCCAUCAGUGUUGUAGCAUGUGCUGUGAUCAGAACUGAAGUGAUAUAUUGAAAGAAAUUCAACCAUAGGACUAACCUUGUGACCCCAGAAGAAACUUGUAAAGGCUGCAGCAGGUUUACUUACUAUUGUUGCCUUUUCUUGUGGUGUUUCAGCAUAGAGCACUCCCAAGGAAAUAUUUCUGCUUUUGUAUUUGCUUUGUACUGUUGGUGCCUUAGUCAUGUACCCCAAACAUCCCGCACAGCUAAUUUUAGUUAAUGGUAAGAUUUAAAACCUAAAACGAAAGCAAAAUUUUAUAAAGGUUUUCUGUAUGUUGUUACAUUAUAACAACUAAACGUUUAUAUUGUGUGACAGAUUUGUGAUUUGUUUAUUAUAAUAUGUAUAGAAUGACUGUGAGUAGAAAAGGUUUAUAUUUCAUCUUCUGUUGAUGUAAACGUAUAUACUUUUUUUUAAAUUAAAUGUCUUUUUAGUAUAUGCCAUCUGAUUCUUGUACAAACAAAUGUGAAUAAAUCAUUAAAUUGUGAUCCUGGAUUACCAAAGUAAGAAAGUAUUGUGCAUAUGUAGAAUGAAUGUGGCAGCUGCCUUUCUUUCACAACAACAACACCAAAAAAACCCAAGAACAAAAUGUUAAUUGAGGACACAUGAAGAUAUUGUAUUAAGAUUUUCAGCACCCAAGUUAAAGCUGAUUCUCUUAAUUAACUUAAAUCCAUUUUUGCCUAAAUAAUAAACUAGCACUUCCAGGAUUUAAAAAUAGAAAAAGUAGUAUAGUCCACUACUUAUUAUGCUCGGGUUAAGCUAUUUACCAAAUAACCCUGUGCUGAGGGACGGGGUGGGGGGGUGGAAUAUGCUGCCAUUUUGCUUGCAGAGCAGCCACAAUAUCCUGUGUGUUCUUCCCCUUCCUGUGCUAACAACUGCUGGAACAGCACAAAACACCAGGCACCCUCCCAGUCUCCAUGGAAGCACUGUCAAAGCCAACAAAGUAGGAAUUACCCACGGAGUGAGCUGAGAAAUGCCUGCCAAUGCACACCACUGUGUCACAACCUGGUGACACAGCCAGCAAGUGGCCAAGUCUCCAGGCAGGAGUUUGAGUCCCUUUUGCUGCUCAUGAGUACCAUUUUGGAGCAUAAUAUGCAAAAGGAAAAGACAGCUCACACAAUGCCCACAUCCCUUCCUGGGCAGGGGACCUGCAGCCAACCUAGGUGCACCCUCUUGGGGCAAUAUUCAAGAGCUGAGGGGGCGGGGAGACAUUCCACCCCCCACUCCAUAGCAUGGCAGCAAUUGCUAAUUGCAUGGCAUGAGGAAUCUUGUGUCAUGGAAUCGAUUCAGAGUAGAUUCCAAUGUAUGGUUAGGAGAGUAACAACUUGCAAUACGCUGCAGGAUUCCCCAAAAAUGGACCAGAGGCAACUGCAUUUCAUCCAGCAGAGCUUUAAUUGCUACUGAAGGCAAAUGAGCAUAAUGGUCACAAAUCCAAUACAGUGGUACCUUGGGUCACAUACGCUUCAGGUUACAGAUUCCGCUAACCCAGAAAUAGUACCUCGGGUUAAGAACUUUGCUUCAGGAUGAGAACAGAAAUCGUGCUCCGACGGCACGGCAGCAGCAGGAGGCCCCAUUCGCUAAAGUGCUUCAGGUUAAGAACAGUUUCAGGUUAAGAACGGACCUCCGGAACGAAUUAAAGUACUUAACCCGAGGUACCACUGUGCAUUCAGGAUUGGCACUGUCCGUAAGCAAUUCAGUUGUGGCAGACUUAACUUAAACUUACAAUAACUUAUAAGAAGUCUAAACCUUGACACUAAGCAUACUGUAUAAAGAACACCACACCAG